CACCAAUUCACAUUUCUAAUAUUACCUCCUGAUCCCAUUGAAGUUUGGUCUGGUCUGAGAGCCGACAGCCGCCUGUUCACUACAUUCUUCUCUCUAUAUGCUACUCACCACUGCUUCCCCGACGUUCCCGCCUUCCUAUUCUACCUCGCUCACCCAGACUUCCCCCGCACCUCUGUCAUCUCCUACCUUCCCCGCUUUCACUUGACCAUCCUUUCCCUCCUUCCCCGCAUGCUUUCUAUCCGUUUCCCUCUCGAUCCCUUCAUUCUCCCCUCCGCUCUCAAGGCCUGCGCUGCACUUCCUUCCCUCAUCGCUGGCCGAUGUCUCCAUUUACUCGCCGUAGUUUCCGGACUAUGCAAUGAUCCCGUCGUUUUGUCCUCCCUCCUUCACCUGUAUCUCAAGUGCGGCGCACAAAGUGAUGCAGAUAAAGUUUUUGCCAAAAUGCCUCAACCGUCUGUCGUGGCCUACAGCGCCAUGCUUGCUGAUGCGGCUUCUCGUGGUAGCGUUUCCGUAGUAAAUCGACUCCUUUAUCAGAUGCAGGUCUCUGGGGCGGAGCCGAAUUCAGUGACGUGGAAUGGCCUUAUUUCAGGGUUUUGCCGAAGCGGGCAUCCCCGAGAAGCGCUUUCUAUGCUUCAAAGCAUGCAUUCUAAGGGGUGUGGGUUGGAUAGUGUCGGUGCCUCAAGCUCUCUGCAUGCAAUUGGGGACAUAGAAGAUGCUUGGAUGGGUUCUCAGAUUCAUGGGUGUAGUAUCAAGCGCGGAUUUGAUUCAGAUGAUUAUGUGGUGAGUGCGCUCAUCAACAUGUACGGAAAGUGCCGGUUUACAGAGGAGAUGCAUAAGGUUUUCUAUGAAGCCUGUCACAUAGAUGUCGGAUCCUGCAAUGCUCUUGUGGCUGGGUUCUCUCGGAAUGGUCUUGUCUGCGAGGCCGUGAUGAGGUUUAGGAGGUUUCAAGAGCAGGGAAUUGAGCUGAAUGUUGUGUCAUGGACCUCAAUUGUUGCUUGCUGCGCUCAGAACGGAAAGGACGUGGAAGCGAUGGAGUUUUUCAGGGAGAUGCAGGGUGCUGGCAUUCGGCCAAACUCCGUGACUAUCCCUUGUCUAUUGCCUGCAUGUGCGAACAUCGCAGCUUUGAUGAAUGGGAGAUCAGCUCAUUGCUUCUCUCUACGAAGUGGCAUUUCACAUGAUGUGUAUGUUGGCAGUGCUCUCAUUGACAUGUAUGCUAAGUGUGGUAAAGUCAAAGAUGCCCGAAUCAUCUUCAACACAAUGCCGAUGAAGAAUUUAGUAUCAUGGAAUGCAAUGUUGGGAGGUUAUGCUUUGCAUGGAAGAGCAAAGGAUGCGAUUGAUCUGUUUUAUUUAAUGGAAACGAGCAACCAGAAGCCUGACUCCAUAAGCUUCACCUGCAUGCUUUCAUCCUUCAGUCAAGCAGGAUUGAAAAAUGAAGGGUGGCUGUUUUUCCACAAGAUGGAAGAGUAUGGAAUUGCUGCGAGGAUGGAACAUUAUGCGUGCAUGGUGAGCCUCCUAAGUAGAGCUGGCAAGCUGGAUGAGGCUUACAAACUUUUUGGGGAGAUGCCGUUUCACCCUGAUGCUUGUGUUUGGGGAGCACUUCUCAGUGCCUGCAAGGUGCAUGGAAAUGUGAGACUUGGUGAAAUCGCUGCUGAAAAUCUGUUCAAACUUGAGCCAGAGAAUGCUGGGAACUAUGUUCUCUUAUCAAAUAUUUAUGCCGCAAAUGGAAUAUGGGAUGGCGUGGAUAGAGUAAGGGAUGAGAUGAAAAGAUUGGGUAUGAGGAAGAACCCAGGGUGUAGCUGGAUUGAAAUUAAGAACAAGGUACACAUGCUUCUUGCUGGAGACACCUCACAUGCAGAAAUGGAGCAGAUUGUGGAGAGAAUGAAAAAGCUUGGGGUUGAGAUGAAGAGACUUGGUUAUCUACCAAGCACUAACUUUGCGCUGCAGGAUGUAGAGGAGCAGGAUAAGGAGCAGAUGCUUUGUGGGCACAGUGAGAAGUUGGCUGUGGCAUUGGGACUUAUAAGCACCAGUUCAGGGACUCCUCUCCGAGUUAUAAAGAAUCUUAGGAUCUGUGGCGAUUGUCAUACUGCUAUAAAAUUUGUAUCAGGAUUCGAAGGGAGGGAGAUACUUGUGAGAGAUACCAAUAGAUUUCAUCUUUUCAAAGAUGGGGAGUGUUCAUGUGGUGAUUAUUGGUGAAGGCCUUGGUGUUUUCUCCUUCUG